AUGGCUCCCCUGGCCGAGGUCGGGGGCUUCCUGGGCGGCCUGGAGGGCUUGGGCCAGCAGGUGGGCUCCCACUUCCUGCUGCCCCCCGCCGGGGAGAGGCCGGCCCUGCUCGGCGAGCGCCUGGCCGCGGCGGAGAGAGGCUCCCCCCGAGGGGGCGUCGCGCCCGGCGCCCCGGAUCUAGCCCACUUGCAGGGCAUCCUGCGCCGGAGGCAGCUCUACUGCCGGACCGGCUUCCACCUGCAGAUCCUGCCCGACGGCAGCGUCCAGGGCACCCGGCAGGACCACAGCCUCUUCGGUAUCCUUGAAUUCAUCAGUGUGGCGGUGGGAUUAGUCAGUAUUCGAGGGGUGGACAGCGGUCUUUACCUUGGAAUGAAUGAGAAAGGAGACCUCUAUGGCUCUGAGAAGCUCACCCCUGAAUGUGUCUUCAGAGAACAAUUUGAAGAGAACUGGUAUAACACUUACUCCUCCAAUGUGUACAAGCAUGGUGACUCAGGCCGGAGGUAUUUUGUGGCACUUAACAAAGAUGGCAGCCCCAGAGAUGGAGCACGGUCCAAAAGACACCAGAAAUUCACUCAUUUCUUGCCCAGACCUGUGGAUCCUGAAAGAGUGCCAGAACUCUACAAGGACGUUCUAGUAUUCAGUUGA